CACGGCAUGCACUCUGCACGCCCUCAGGAGCACUCUCUGGGUCUGGGGCCCUUGACUGCCCAGUGGCUGAGAACGUGGCAUGGAGAGCAGGUCCCUGAGCCAGCUCCCGCAUGACCACUCAAAGAGGCGGGGCAGGGGAGAGCGACAAGCCUGCCCAAUCCAACCACAGGCAAAACCUUCAUCUCCUUUUGAUGGGUCUAGGCCAGACAGCGGAGCAAACAUGUUUUAGGGGCUGUUUAGCCAACAUAAACGUACACCUCGCCUAUUCCCCGCACCCAAGCCUGGCAAAGUAACUUGCAGAGUGAACACGUGACGGGGCUGCCGAGAUCCAGCCAUGGCUCUGCAGUGUGCGGCACCUCCGGCGAGUAUAUGUACUCCUCGGCUGACCCCAGCUCUUGCUUCAGAGCUUCCAUUGCCUAGUGAGUGGACUGGGAGUGAGAGAGUCUCCCUGGCUUCUGAUCCAGAUGGGGUUGCUUUCCUGGUGGUUCUUGCUCCUGGGAGCACCUGCCUUCCUGCUGGGGCACUGCUCUGGCUCUUCCUCACAUUCCAUUGACUUUUUCUACACGGGAGUCUCAGAGCCUAGUCAGGGUCUGCCACAGUUCAUGGCUGUGGAGUUCGUGGAUGACCAAUACCUUGCUUACUAUGACACCACCACCAAAAAGGCCCUGCCUCGAGCACCAUGGACGAGGAAGCUGGAGAAGGACAAUCCCCAGUACUGGGACUCCUACACCAAGACCACUCAGUCCUGGGAGGAAACCUUCAGAACGAGCCUGGCGAACUUGCAAGAUAGCUACAAACACAGUGGGGGGCUUCAUACCUGGCAGAAAAUGUAUGGCUGCCACCUGAGCGAGGAUGGGCAGAAAGGGGGGUAUAUGCGAUAUGGCUACGAUGGGAGGGACUUUAUCAGUUUUGACAAGGACACCCUCACCUGGACGGCAGUUGAUGCAGUGGCUGAAAAGACCAAGAGAAAGUGGGAUGGUAUGCAGACGAGGACGCAGGACAAGAAGCGCUACCUGGAAGUCACCUGCAUCAACUGGCUGCAGAAGUACCUGGCCUAUGGAAAUGAGACCCUCCUAAGGAAAGAGAUCCCAGUGGUGAAGGUUGCGCGUAAGGCAACUGGUGAUGGCUGGGACACCCUCCUCUGCAAGGCCUACGGCUUCUACCCCAAGGAGAUCACCAUCACCUGGAGGAAGAAUGAAGAGAAGACCUUCCAUGGACAGGUUGUUCCUAACUCAGAUGGGACUUACCAUGCCUGGAUCAGUAUCCAGAUUGAUCCCAUGGACAGGGGCCACUACUGGUGCUCUGUGGAACAUGCCAGCCUGCCAGAACCUCUGCUGAUUCCCUGGAAAGGGUCUGGCUCCUCCUCACAUUCCUUGCGCUUUUUCUACACGGGGGUUUCGGAGGCCAGCCGGGGGCUUCCUGAGUUCAUGGCUCUGGAGCUUGUGGAUGAUCAGCCCACAUGUUACUAUGACAGCAGCAUCAACAGGCCCCUGCCCCACGCACAGUGGAUGGAGAAGGUGGAGAACGACAAUGCCCAGUACUGGGACUCAAAAUCUAAGUCCAUGGAGAAUUGGGAGGCAAAUUUCAGAAGGAGCCUGGUGAACAUGAGGAAUGAUUAUAACCAAAGCUGGGGGCUUCAUACCUGGCAGCAUAUGUCUGGGUGCCACCUGAGUGAGGGUGGGCAGAAAGGGGGGUAUAUGCGAUAUGGCUAUGAUGGGAGGGACUUCAUCAGUUUUGACAAGGACACCCUCACCUGGACGGCAGUUGAUGCAGUGGCUGAAAAGACCAAGAGAAAGUGGGAUGGUAUGCAGACGAUGACGCAGGACCACAAGCGCUUCCUGGAAGUCACCUGCAUUAACUGGCUGCAGAAGUACCUGGCCUAUGGAAAUGAGACCUUCCUAAGGAAAGAGAUCCCAGUGGUGAGAAUGGCACGCAAGGCAGCUUCUGAUGGCCGGGAAGCCCUCAUCUGCCAGGCCUUUGGCUUCUACCCCAAGGAGAUUGACAUCACCUGGAGAAUGGACAAUGUGAUCUGGGAACACAAGACUUUGCGUGGGGAUGUUAUCCCCAACUCAGAUGGGACCUACUAUACCUGGAUCAACACUGAGAUUGAUGCUGAGCACAAGGACCCCUACAAGUGCCAUGUGGAACAUUCCAGCCUGCCAGAACCUUUGGACCUGAGCCUCUGGGAAGAGUUUGAUGUCACCCGCUCAUGGCAAGACAUCUCCUGGAUUACUCACACCAUAUCACCGCCUGCCACCACCUGGGCUCCUGCCACUACAUCACCGCCUGCCACCACCUGGGCUCCUGUCACUACAUCACCGACUGCCACUACAUCACCACCUGGCACCACCUGGGCUCCUGCCACUACAUCACCGCCUGCCACCACCUGGGCUCCUGUCACUACAUCACCAACUGCCACUACAUCACCACCUGGCACCACCUGGGCUCCUGCCACUACAUCACCGCCUGCCACCACCUGGGCUCCUGUCACUACAUCAUCGACUGCCACUACAUCACCACCUGGCACCACCUGGGCUCCUGCCACUACAUCAACGCCUGCCACCACCUGGGCUCCUGCCACUACAUCAGUCCCUGUCACCACCCACCAAAUGCAGUCUAUCACGCUCCCAUUGUCUAUAAAGUCCCUGCUACACCAAAGCGUUCACCCCUGCAGGAAGGAUGAGGCUGUCUGCCCUAACCAGCAGUGCAUUCCCCGCAAGCUCUUGUGCAACGGUGACAGGGACUGCUCUGAUGGCAGUGAUGAGCUGAAUUGCGACCCAGCAUCCAAGGCAGUGUGUCUUCAGGGGAGCAUCAUGGCGACCAGGACUGUCAUUCUGUUGGGUGUUGGGAUCUACCUGAUCUUUGUACACAUCCAUAAGUGAACUGUAAAGGUACCCAGUGGGGCAUUUGUAUAGUGAUGUAGUCCCUGAAGCAAGAGAAUGGAACAUUUGGGGUUAUCUUCUUGACUGGAGAAAAAGAUAUGAAAGGCCAAGAGAUACGGCACCAAGACAGAUUAUUUGGGACAUCUCUUCGGUGGACCAUCUCCACAACCAUCGCUUUCUUCAACUCCCCACUUCUCUCCAUCUUCUCAGUUCUCUUCUCUGCCUUCUAAUUCCUUGCUUCCUUUAAAAACAACAACACAUAUUUCUUUGUAUAUCUCUUUGGAGUAUCUUUCGUGCCGUUUUGCCUUUUUGUGACUUGAAGGUUCCCUUCUAAACAGAGGGUUGGUGCUGUAGAUGUCACAGGAAUAUGUUGCUGGAUGACCUUGCUUGAAAACAGAUGCAAAUAACUCAUUUAGCUUCUCUGCAAUCUCCAUAUUCUCCUUAAUGAUCCCUUUCACUCUCUCAUUGUCUAACAGUCCUAAGAGUAACUAUCUAACAGUGCUUCCCUCAUUGGCUAAUAGUGCUUCAAAGAGUAAUUUGCUGCAAAGGAUUAACUGUUAUGUCUCCAAAUGCAUUAUGGGUUCAUCUCUCCUCA